AUGGCGCUGGUUCUGGAGCAGUUGGUUCCGGAGCCUGGGCCCCUGAAGUGUCUGCGGCUAAAUCCAGACGUUCCCGUAUGGGUUUCCAAGCAGCGCAUCCUCUGCAUCCUGAACCACAGCCUGAAGGACGUGCUGAACUAUGGGCUCUUCCAGCCCGCCUUCAACGGCAGGGCCGGGAAGUUCCUGGAUGAGGAGCGGCUGCUGCGGGAGUAUCCCCUGAACCCAGACACCCCCGUUCCCUACCUGGAGUUCCGGUACAAGAGGCGUGUGUACACCCAGAGCCUGCUGGAUGACAAGCAGUUUGCCAAACUCCAUACCAAGGCAAAUCUGAAGAAGUUCAUGGAGUACGUGCAAAUGAUGAACGCGGAGAAGGUCUGCAGACUCCUGGAGAAGGGCCUGGACCCCAACUUUCAUGAUCCAGAUACUGGAGAGUGUCCCCUGACGGCGGCGGCACAGCUAGAGCAGGGCGCUGAGAUGAUCAAGGUGCUGCGCAAUGGCGGUGCCCACCUGGACUUCCGCACGCGGGAGGGCAUGACCGCGCUCCACAAGGCCGUCCGGGGCCGCAACCACACUGCGCUGCUGACGCUGCUGGACCUGGGGGCAUCCCCGGACUACAAGGACAGCCGGGGCCUCACGCCGCUGUACCACAGCGCCAUGGUGGGGGGGGAUCCCUACUGCUGCGAGCUCCUGCUGCACGACUAUGCCAGGCUGGGCUGCGUGGACGAGAACGGCUGGCAGGAGAUCCACCAGGCAUGUCGCUAUGGCCAUGUGCAGCACCUGGAGCAUCUUCUCUUCUAUGGAGCUGAUAUGACUGCACAGAACGCCUCAGGAAACACUGCUCUGCAUAUCUGUGCUCUCUAUAACCAGGAGAGCUGUGCCCGGGUUCUCCUCUUCCGUGGGGCGAGCAAAGAGAUUCGCAACUACAACAGCCAGACUGCGUUCCAGGUGGCCAUCAUUGCAGGAAAUUUUGAAUUGGCUGAAAUCAUCAAAACCCACAAAGAGUCCGAUGUUGUGCCUUUCCGAGAGACGCCCAGCUACACGAAGCGGCGCCGGCCUGGGCUGUCCGGGACCCCUCUGGCUCCUGGAGAGACAGGGCUCGUCGUCCUCUGCCAUCUCCCCGCCUCAUUUCGUGGCCCCGAGAGCUGGCGAGUGCAUCGCUUCCACGUCGAGCUUGUCGUUGCUAUGACAAUGAUCGCAUCGUGCCAACGGCGCGGUGAGGUGGCGCGCUGCGGAGGAGCCAACACCUAA